AUGAGUGGUUUGUUCUUUAUAAAUUUCAGGCAAAUCUUCGUGUGAGAAAUCCGCUCGCAGUUUUUACUGAGACAUGGGUCCGAGGAAGGGAAAGACUCAGCAGGAGCAGCCUGUGCUUGCUCUUGGCCCACAAGCUUUGGACGGCGAAAACGUGUUUGGAGUAGCCCAUAUUUUCGCAUCAUUUAACGACACCUUCGUUCACGUGACGGAUUUGUCCGGACGUGAAACUAUUUCCCGUAUCACUGGUGGCAUGAAGGUUAAAGCCGAUCGAGAUGAAGCCAGCCCCUAUGCUGCCAUGCUUGCUGCGCAGGAUGUUGCGGAAAAGUGCAAAAUUUUGGGGAUCACCGCGUUGCACAUCAAGCUCCGAGCCACGGGAGGAAAUAGAACGAAAACUCCGGGUCCUGGUGCACAGUCAGCGCUUCGUGCUCUUGCCCGUUCUGGGAUGAAGAUCGGUCGUAUUGAGGACGUGACUCCAAUCCCUGCUGAUUGUACUCGUAGGAAGGGAGGUCGUCGCGGUCGCCGUUUGUAAUUGAUUCGGAGGAACUUGUAUGCUCCUCAAGGAUCGAGAAGAAACACGACCGUAAUUUCUGUUGAGGAUCGAA